GCAUUUAAUUAGUGAGGAGGAAGAAGAAGAAGCGGCAGGACGGGACGGGACAGCGCACCGCCCCCUCCACACUGCCCCGGGCUCCGGCUACACUCACAGCCGACACAGAGAACCGCAGCUCGGCCGUUUGGAGCUUUGACGCAGCGGAGGAAACGUUUACUCACAAAGUUGUCGCUGUGGAGCGCGUUGGAGAGGAUUUAUCUCACUCUGCUGGAUGGUUUAAAGCUUUUCAUUUUAAAGGUUGUGUUUUUCAGCGGGGGAGUUUCGCUCACAGUUUUGGAUCGUCUAAGCAGAGUCCUGUCAACUCGUAACUCUGCGGAAGAACGCGUCAUUAACGUGACCCGCACGGUGCGUUUUCAUGCCGCGUCCCGCUCCGUGAGUGAUGAUUGAUUUGGAAAUGUCAGCGCCGCCGCUGCGCGCUGCUCCGCACACUCCAUCAUCCCGGCGGGGCUGAGGGAAAGUAAGAAACCACCUGUUGUGGAAGUUUCCUGGAGCUUCUCACGGAUAAACCCGAGCUGCUGAAACCAGACUCCGGACUGAGCCGAGUGGAGACGCGCAGGCAGCGGAAUGCGGCUUUUACGCACGGAGCAGACGCAGUUUCUGAGAAGAGGCUCCUCUCUAAUGAGUGAUAAUCUGCACUGCCGUGUCUCCACGCUCCGUGUUGUGUGUUUGCAGUGAGCAUGUUGCCAUGGUGUCCCGGGCUCAGAUGAGCCGGACGGCGGAGCUCCGGUCGGGAUGGCUCGGGAGGACGCGGUGAGGUGUCUGCGCUGUCUGCUCUACGCGCUCAACCUGCUGUUCUGGCUGAUGUCAGCAUGUGUGCUGGGAGUGGCCGCCUGGAUCAGAGACUCUCUGAACACCGUCCUGACCCUGACAGCCCACACCAGGUUGGAGGAAGCAGCCGUCCUCACAUAUUCUCCAGCUGUUCAUCCCGUCAUCAUCGCCGUGUGCUGUUUCCUCAUCAUCGUGGCCAUGGUGGGAUACUGCGGCACGCUCAGAUGCAACCUGCUGCUGCUGUCCUGGUAUUUCUGCAGUCUGCUGGUGAUCUUCUGCGUGGAGCUGGCGAGCGCGGUGUGGACCUAUGACGAGCCGUCGGUGCAGCGCUCUGAUAUGAUCAGCCUGAAGUCUCGGAUGCCAAACUUCGGCCUGCAGCGUUACCAGUGGCUCACACACACCUGGAACAGCUUCCAGACCGAGUUUAAGUGCUGCGGUGUGAUCUACUUCACUGAUUGGCUGGAGAUGACAGAGAUGGAGUGGCCACCUGACUCCUGCUGCUCCAAUCAGUAUCCAGGAUGUGCUCGCCACGCCCACUACCACGACCUCAGCGACCUGCACCAAGAGGGCUGCGGUCCGAAGAUCUACAGCUUCAUUCGAGGGACGAAGCAGCUGCAGGCGCUGCGUUUCCUGGGCGUGUCCAUCGGCGUGGCUCAGAUCCUGGCCAUGGCGCUCACCCUCACGCUGCUGUGGGCGCUUUACUAUGGCCGAAAGUCGCCAGAGCUGGACACCACACUGGCGGCUCCAGACGACUCCACCCCCCUCACAGUGACACACGGACCUUCAGCUGAAGCUCCACAGUCAGGCUGUGGCCGCACUAACAAGAGCUGUGCCGUGAUGACAAGCACCGCUGCCGCCAAGCCCAGCGAACUCCAGUUUGAGAUGGAGCGGCUGUCGUAGCAGACGGCGUCACGCUGCGGCCUGAACGCAUCCAAGGAUUUAAAGUCUUAUUUUAUCAGUUUAUUCAUCAGUUCUGUCAGAAAUCAGAACGUUUGACUCCACGAGGUCACAACUGACAUCUGAGGACACGGACAACUGCUCUGCAUGAUCCCAGACACAAACUCUGCGUCUUCAUGUAUCUACACAGGCUGCUCACAAACUGUUCGUACAUUUUUCCUAUGAAAAACAAAAUUCAGACAAAUCCCGCACGAUCACAAGCCAGUAAGACUCGUCUAUGCUUGAUUUUAGAGAGGGACGGAGCCUUCUGUCAGUACUCUGUGUAGAGUAGAACCCCUGCAGAUCAUGGAGGUGGUGUAUUGUGGUACAUGUAAGAAACGACAGUAGGAGACGAACAAGAUAUUUAAAUAGUGGCACAACGGAACAAAUCAGGAAUAUAAAAUAAUAUAUAGAGAAAAGAAUUCGCCAUCAACACGUCGUGAUGUAUUUAACAACCUCACAGACCACCACCGUCUACAGCACUACCUCUGUUUGAAGGUACAUGACCACGAUCUCCUCCACCCUCACCUCGUUUGUUGCUGUGUGAAACUUUUGACUCCGUCCUCUAGUGCCAUCCUCUACUCCGAAGUCAUCGGAUACCAGCGCUUGGUCAGUGACUUCCAGCGUCAGACACUGAUGGAAAAAGCCAUCCUUUCAUGUCAGCAUGAUACAUGGCUGGUCGCCCAGGAGGUUCACUUCCUGUACGAUUGUAAAGCAAAACCUGUUCUUUUUCUGAAACCCAACCACGUGUGUGUGUGUUGGCUAAACGUAACCACAUGUGUGUGUUGGCUAAACGUAACCACGUGUGUGUGUUGGCUAAACGUAACCACGUG